CGCAGUGCCGCGUGGCUCCGCCCCCGUCUUCCAUGUCUGGAGUAGAGGGACGGUACCGCGUCCUCGCCUUUCCGUGUACACGUUUUAGUAAAUAAACCGGGAACCAGGAUCAGAAUCUAGAGGUAGCAGGUCAGGCGGCACCCCCGGGCCUUCGCUGUGUGUAGUUUGAGUAGUGGCUGGAACUCUCGCUUGCAGUUUACUUCGCAUUUUAACUUUGCUGAGCGGCGUUUCCGCCGUUUUCCCCCUCCGUCGCCUCGCUCACUCUACGCUACCCCCCGCGUGAGAGUCGGGGCCUGCAGCAUUGGUUUGGCCACGAGGAGCGUCGGUACAGCUGGAACAGGGCGAUGGCGGAGUUCGGUAACGGCCUGACGGAGGAAUCCCUACUAGAUUCAGACCCCGGACAUCCCGAGCUGGAAGACCCGGGCGUCGGUGACGAAGAACCGGGGUUAGAAGAGGGAGAGGCCGCGAUCGAAGACCCGGAGCUGGAAGCAAUCAAAGCUCGGGUCAGAGAGAUGGAGGAAGAGGCAGAGAAGCUGAAGGAGCUGCAGAACGAGGUGGAGAAACAGAUGAAUCUGAGCCCCCCACCAGUCGGCCCUGUCAUCAUGUCCAUCGAGGAGAAGAUGGAAGCAGAUGGCAGAUCUAUUUAUGUCGGAAAUGUGGACUACGGUGCGACUGCAGAAGAGCUUGAGGCUCAUUUUCAUGGCUGCGGUUCAGUAAACAGAGUCACCAUCCUGUGUGACAAAUACACGGGGCAUCCCAAGGGGUUUGCCUAUAUCGAGUUUGCAGACAAAGAGUCUGUUAGGACAGCCAUGGCCUUGGAUGAGUCCCUUUUCAGAGGAAGGCAGAUAAAGGUGGGCGCAAAGAGAACAAACAGACCCGGCAUCAGCACCACAGACCGUGGCUUUCCACGGGCUCGCUUUAGGUCACGGGGAGGAAGUUUCUCGUCGCGUGCACGCUACUACAGUGGCUACACGCCACCCAGAGGCAGAGGACGGGCCUUCAGGGGCCGAGGGCGAACAACAUCGUGGUAUUCCCCUUACUAAACACCCCCCUCCCCUCCCUCCGCUACACUCCCUUACUAUUGCCCCUAUCCCACUCUGUGUUCCCCAAAAAAAAAAACAACAACAAAACACACACACACACACACACACACACACACACACACACACACACACACAAAUUGAAAUAAAGCCCCCCUUCCUCCCAAACAAUAAAAGAAGAGAAUCCCCAGAAGAGAGAAAAAAAAAAAAGAAAAAAAAAAGAGGAAAUCCUGUGGUGGACAGAGACUGACUGCCGCAGUGUGCGAUUGUGUGUGAGCGUGCGUGUGCCGAGGUUGAUGCAGUCAGCCCUGGUAAGGUAUCAGUUGGCCACUGGGGGAGAACGUGGUGGCAGAUUUCAUUGUUGUUUUUUUUUCUUUUUGGGUGGGGGUAGGGGUGAUGAUGAUGAUGGUAUCUCAGGCUGCAGAUGUGUCUCCUUCGGUCUGGCUGUGACCUCCUGCUUUCACUCCAUCACCAACACAGCCCACCCACCCACUCACCCUCCACCACCACCAAAAAAAAAAAGGGGGGGGGGGGGGAGUGGUGGGACAGCAAUAAGAGGAUAGUGUGUUCAAUUUUUAGUUUUAAAUGUACCGUAUGCGUGUGAAACUUCAGCCAGCCAGAGUGUUGUUGUGUUUUCUGAAUGUGGUUUGGAGUCUGUGAUUACUUCCCCACCCUCCCUCAACCCCCACCCCCCUACCAACCCUCUCUGUGCCUGCUGUCCUCUGCCCCCCCCCCCCCCCUUCUUGCAUCUCAUGUCUUGCUCUUCACCCUCUUCCAUUGGCUCAUCACACCAUGUAUUUUGUGUUUCUCUGGACAGUGAUGGACCUGUAGUGUUCGGUGGGGUUGUACAUGCAUAACUGUUUUUUUUUCUUUCUUGUGGGUGGGGUUUGUCGUUGUGCUUGACCCCCCACCCCCACCCUCC